UGUUGUGGCGUCGCGCCUGUGUAUAGUGAAAAUGAGGGCGCGAGUUCAUUUGUGCUUUUUCAUUGCCUGAUGAGCAAGUGUGCUUUUAAUAUAGUCUUGUAUGCCUGCAACCUUAAAUUCUCAUGGAACGAGUGGUGAUCAGAGAUUUUUCCAAACGCGUGCGCACUAGCACAGCUAGCGCUGCACUGUGCUCCCCAGGAAAAAGCGAAAUCAAGCGAAAUAAUGACCUUUGAUCCAUUUCUUGUAAUGUAAGUCCAGUUGUACAUUACAGAGUACAUUCGCGAGUCACCAACCCUGGGAUAUGAAAAGCGGAACGCAUGUCGGCCCCAAGAAAUUGAGCGAUAUGUGUUUAUUUCUUGUUACUGCGGAAGACGUCAGCACCACCGGUAGCGUAGGAAUACGUCACAACCGGUCGGAGGAGCCCUCGUCUCUGUUGUGUGUGAUGUGUUUGUGUAUGUUACCUUGCCUUCGGAAGCUUAUGAUGAUGGCUUGAACGACGCUCUACCACUCGCAGCACAUUCAAUUUCCGGAGGAGACAGCUCAGUUUCGAGAGGGCCAGGAUGUCGUGAGAGGCGAUGAUUCCGUACGCAACAUGCAUACGAUUCGGAACUACACAGGAUUGGAUCGUCUGCAACACUACGCACAGGAGAGUGGUUGUGGAGAAGAGUGAGGAUGGUAUAGUCCACGUCAAAGUCGUAGAAUGUAAGGAAGAGAGGCCCAAAAAGUCAUUAAGUCAGUCAGAGUACAAUCUCUUGCAAGCAGUGGACAUUGACAUUGAUCGGCCAUUAACUACAACGCCCUUCCUGACGCUGUACAGGAGAAGGGACAACCAACCCGUCUUACAACCAUGGAGGCAUCUUAUGAACAUCCUCGACGAUUCUUACCAUGGAGUAUCAAGGUGCCUCCUGAGGCAGGUGGACCGCUGGGCGUUCAAUACUUUUGCCCUGGACGUUUGCUCGGGAGGUCGUUCCAUGCCCCAUCUCCUGGUGCACCUUUUUCACCAGUACGGGUUCAUGGGCGCCUUUAACCUAGAUGUGGUCAAGGUGUGGCACUGCUUCAACUUGAUAGACGCUGGUUACCACAGCAACAACCCCUAUCACAACUCCGUGCACGCAGCAGACGUAACCCAGGCCAUGCACUGUUUCCUCUUAGAAUACAAGAUACGUGAGCACAUGACUCCUGUGGAGGCGAUGGCGUCUCUCAUAGCAGCUGUCACACACGACCUGGAUCACCCUGGGGUCAAUCAGCCCUUCCUUAUCGCUACCUCCAAUCACCUUGCAGCCUUGUACAAGAAUUUCUCAGUAUUAGAGAACCACCAUUGGCGUUCGGCCAUUUCCUGUCUCCGUCAGUCCGGGAUCUUCGAUCACUUGGACAAUUCUGUAUGGGAUGAAGUAGAACAACAUAUUCGAAGUCUCAUCCUGGCUACAGACAUCACUAGGCAGCAGGAGUUCCUGUCAAGGUUCAAGCGAUACUUGGAGAACAGGGUGCUCAACAUGGCAGAGAAAGAAUACCGUCAUUUUAUUCUCCAGAUUGCCUUGAAAUGUGCUGACCUGGGAAACCCCUGCCGUCCUUGGGAUAUCAGCCAUCGAUGGAGCUUGCAGGUGUGCAAGGAGUUUUACAGACAGGGGGACUACGAAAAGAGGUUGAAUAUCCCGGUCACACCUAUCUGCGACCGAGAUAAAACAACAGUUGCCAAGAUACAAGCUGAUUUCUUCAAGUUUGUCGUGAGCCCACUGUUUGAAAUGUGGCACCAGUUUCUGGACACGCCUUUGUCAACAGAGCUCCUUGACAACCUACAUAUUAACCACAUUCAGUGGGAGAAGCUGAUCGCCAAUGACGAGACGGGUUCCUUUGAGACGGACCUCAACGCCCCUUUAGCUUCGGAAGAAGAAGAGGGUGACCUCGAGGAUGAAGAAGUGCUACCACCGCUUUUGCAACGCACAGCUACCGACUACUCCUGGAUGGAAGAGCCUUUUGGACAUUGGGGUCGUAGGCGUCAUAGCAUGCCGCUUAGUUUACCCAAAAUGCUUCCCAGGACAGUGAUCAGGCGACAGAGUUUACCUGUACCUGCAAAGGAUACCCAUGCAGCACCUCCGUCGGCUGAUGAUCUACAACCAACGUCGAGCCUGUUGUCGCUGUCCAGCACAUCUCGUGGUGCUCCCGUGCAUGCAGUCUUGCACCGCCAUAGCAGGGAAUGUGAACGUAGGUUGGUGCACCAGCCAGUGUCCUACCCGCCGUACAGGAGGACCUCGGAACCCUUUGUUCAUGAUAGGGCAAGAGUGUGUCCGCGAAGGUCAGAAUCUGUGUUUGCAUUCAGCCGUUACGAAGAAACAUCGGCGGUAGACAAAGCUGGACAAACGGAAGACAAGUGUGAGAAUGGAUGCGGCACGCCCCCGACGACGAGACAAUCAGGGCAGCAGAACAGUGCUCUUCCGACAGCAAUUCAAGACUACAAUGGGAAGAAGGAAGACGUUCUGGCAGUUGGUACUCUCCUGCUGCAGAAAAUGGAUGCACAGAGUAGGCUUAGCAUUUUGGAGUCAGCAUCGCAGUUAGAAGGUACAACCAAAUCGUUGCGAAAAUCUGGCGUUAAAUCAGAGACGCCGUCCUGGUCCCACCAUGUGAGUCAGUUGGCAGAGCGGCAGCCAGAAUUCGAUCACCCGCCCUCUUGGAAAGGCUGCGCUCGCCUAACGAACCGUCGUAGUUCAGCGCCGACGGCGUUAAGCAGCCAGCUAAGCUCCCUGGCUGAGAAAGGAUAUCACCGGAGAUCAUCGAUGCCAUUUGAACACUGCGCGUUUCUCUCAGCAAGUGGGAUGAAAGAGAGAAACACUAGAAACCAUCCCAGUUCACGAUUCUGUGACAGCUUGGGUUCCAUCCCUCGAGAGCGCCGUCACAGCAUCGGUUUCUUGGAACCAUUCCAGGCAACAUCUGAAGACUCUCGGCCUCACAUGAGCUCAUCAGGCGACGAAACCCGUGACCUAUUCCUCCCCAUUAUUUCACCGAAUCCCCUUCGAAGACGGCGGGGAUCUUUGCCCACUGCCCUGAUGGUAUCUCCGGAGAGCGAAGGUUGGGAAAGACGUCGAGGUUCCACGGGCGAGAUCCUCAGUGCUCUGAUUGGCCUUCAUGCACGGAUGCCAUUCAUGUUGGCCAUUUCGCCACGGUAUAUACCUCGUUCAGCCGCCGGUCUGGAGUUGCUCACUGGGUUCUGGAGGUCAAGAACGGAUUGGUCUCCCUCGAUUCGACGGCAAGCCAACUCCUUGGAUUCAACCGGACGUUUACCAUCCUCCUGUUCAUUCCAGAGGAGAGGUUCGCUCGAGUUUUCGCUCUUUUCCCUCAGUUCAGGCCGUGACGACAACUGAACUGUGGUUUCUAUGCAACCCGAAACAAUAUCAACAUGAAUCCAUCAAGCCCAGAUGAAGAUUCCGUCAGCACCAUAUCAAGUGGUUCUUCGUUUGUGGUGUUUUUUGUACUUAGCUGCCAGACUUUUUAUAUCUAGUUUUACAUAUGUGUGGAAAGAUGUCGUUUUACAAGCUCUCUGUGGCAGACCAGUGUUGGUCUCAAUGUUUGUACUUAACAAAUCGUCUUGAUCGUAGUUCAAUUAGUGUUUUUCCUCCACAGAUAUUGUACACUUGCUGUGUUGCUCAGUAUCUAUUCCAGAUAUGCAAGCAUUGUUUUUGGCUGCUUUUAUACUGCCAAGUGUUCAAUCGGAUUAUUUGUGUUGCACACCUUCCUUGCUGCAAGAAGGUAUUCCAUAAAAUCUUUAGCUAUCCUUGUGAGUACCUGAAUUUUAUUUAACGAUUAAGUAAGUGCGAUAACCCACUAAUAUGUGUGAAAAUUUCAUCACCCUUUAUUCCUCCCAGUAUUAAUCGGCGUUAUAAAAGACAACGAAUUGCCCGAACAAAGUUGGCUCGUCUUUUAGAUGUUCAUUGUGCCAAAUUGUGUCGACACUUGAAAAUAUUUUCCCUUUGAAAUAUUUAAAAUAUUUAAAAAAAUGACUGCAAGGACACUUGUAGAUAGACCAUAUUGCUCAAUUUUUCUCAGUGCGGUUGUUGGGAGUGUCUUUUUCUCCGCAAGCAAUAGAUCAUCAAAAACGGUUUUAUCACUAACAUGCAAUUGACUUGUGGUAUGAUUCCGUGAUUUUUUUUCUUUUUUUUCCAUUUGUUGCACAAGAACUGAUGCAACACGAUUUCGAAUACCUGCUGUGGACAUUUUAUGUGUUUACAGUAAGCAGCUGAAAUAAAAAAUAUCUUUAUCGA